GGGAAAACAAAAAUGGCGGCCUUUCCUGGUAGCACUAAAGGAGCCGAGCUCUCUAAAGCAGAAUACUUAAAACGCUAUUUAUCUGCUGGUGAAGACGACAAGAAGUCACAAGGGAAGAUUAAAAAGAAACGUCGUAAAGUUCCAGAGAGAGGACUGAAGAUAGUGGACGAUGACAUCGACUGGAAACAGAUGAUGAAAGAGGAGCAGGAGGUUGAAGAGGAAGAAGACGAAGCGCCGGUGAUAGCUGAAGUGAUUGAUGAGCGACCAGAUGACAUCCAACUGCUGGAAGCUUUCAGAACUAGCAACAGGUGGAAAGUGAUUGGAGCUGAUGAAGAUGAAGACACAAUCGGUAGUCAACAUGAUUCGCAAGAACUGUCGUCAAAGAUUCGCCACGACUCUCCAGAUGUAUCCCCUCUCAGAAGAGCUUGCAACGACUCUCCAGAUGUAUCCCCUCUCAGAAGAGCUCGCAACGACUCUCCAGACUUGUCGCCUCCAGGGCAGCAUUCAGGGAAAUCAGGGAAGAUACAAAGUAAAGAUUCCUCCCCCAUCAGAAGAAAACCCAGAUCAUCAAGUAAAAAGCAUCCACCGGAUCAUCGGGCUCAGAACAGGCACGGCUCAGACUCUGAUCAGUCGCCACCACGGAAGAAGUCACAGAAGGCAGAAGCUGCUGACUCCGAUCAAUCUCCUCCGAGGAAACACUCGAAAACAAGACGAGACUCUGACUCUGAUCAGUCUCCACCCAGGAGGCAACCACACGAUGGAAAGGACUCAGAUGGAGAUCUGUCACCACCUCGUAGACCUGGACAGUCACAGGGACCCAGGAUGCUCUCUGGUGGAAAGGCCGGUCUGGUUUCAGGAGAUGUUUUGAGGAAAGAGAAGGAAGAGAAUCGACAAAGAGAAAGACACAACCAGCCAUUGGAAGACGAAUCCCGCAAUGCCCAGACUGUGUUUCGAGACAAGAGUGGUAAGAGGAGAGAUCUGGACGUGGAGAGAGAAGAACAGAAGAAGAAAGCUGGAGAAAAAGCAGCAAAGGAUGAGAAAUAUGCUCAGUGGGGGAGAGGGUUGGCCCAGGGUGAGAUGGAUCAGCAGAAAAUGGAGUAUGCACUGCAUGAAGCCCAGAAGCCACUGGCACGUCACCAUGAUGAUGAGGAUCUGGACCGUAUGUUGAGAGAGCAGGAAAGGGAGGGAGAUCCUAUGGCUGCGAUGCUGAGGCGGAAAAAGGCUCGCAGCACGAAUACUCCAGCAAAGCCUCAGUAUAAAGGCCCGACACCACCUCCAAACCGCUUCAAUAUCCCACCGGGCUAUCGCUGGGAUGGAGUUGACAGGUCAAACGGUUUUGAGCAGAAACGUUACACGCGAAUAGCAGAUAAAAAAGCCGUCCAGGAGGCAGCGUAUAAAUGGAGUGUGGAGGACAUGUAAUGGCAGAGGUGAGCGGAAGCUUUGGACUGUGGAAUAUUGACUCGGCACAUCUGACAUGUUGUUAUUAUGGACCUUUCCAAAGCAGUGUCAUGGUAAAAGUUCUGUAUUUAUAUUGUGCUUUUCUAGUCUUCAUGACACUCAAAGCUCAACCACAGUGUGGUCUGUACAACAGAUAUCAGAUUAUUAAAGCUUGAUAAUUUACCAACAACUGUA